GUGUAAGUUCUUUCUUAUCUUUUUAUGACCCAAUCUGAAAUAUAUUCAUAUGUUGUGUGCUUAUAAUGAUGCUGCUGCUUGUUUAUCUGUAUAUUCGUCAAUCUUUAACCCUAGUUACCAAGCAUCAAACUUUCCGCACUUCGUGCUUAGCAAAACCCAUUAUUCGUAGUUAUAGUAGCAAAAGAAUCAUACCCAUAAAUGUAGAUUCUGCAGAUUUCAAGCUUUGGUUUCUCAAGAACAAAUGUGGCUUAUCUGGAAAACCCCUGCUUAAUGCUUCUAAAUGUCUAAAUUUUGACUCCUCUGAUCAAAGACCCCUCUCGGUUCUCGAGCUCUUCCGGUCCUUUAGAAUCCCCCAGUCCACUGUUACCAAAAUAAUUUCGACUAAUCCCUACAUUCUAAAAAAUUUUCAUCCUGAAAAGAUCAUAAAGCCAAAGCUUGAAUUUUUGCGCUCUAUUUCCCGAUCUCAAGCUGAGUUAGUUUCUAUUGUCUCAAAACACCCGUUUAUACUUAGAAGAAGUUUGACCAAUUUCCUGAUACCCUCCCUUGAUUUGCUCAACUCUGUAACGGGUUGUUAUCGAAAAUCAGUUGUUGCCCUAAAGUACAAUCCAUAUAUUUUAAAUUUUUGUCACAAAUCUUUCCUGCUAAAUAUACAGUUUCUUUCUACACUCGGUGUGCCCCAUUCCCAGAUUGUGAAACUUUUAAGAAAUUGUGGUCCAGUAUUAGCUGAAUCACAUGACAAGUUGCGUAAUGUUGCUGUGAAGGUUAAGGACAUGGGUUUUAAUCUUGAGUCUUCAUAUUUUAUCAGUGCUAUCUAUACAUUGUCUUUUGUCACUGACGCGACUUGGGAAUCUAGAUGUGUGUUGUUAAGAAGCUUUGGUUUUUCUAAUUCUGAAAUCCAUUCCAUGUUCAAGAAGCUACCAUUUGUCAUGCGUUAUAGUGAGAGAAAUAUUGCGGCAAAGAUGGAGUUCUUUCUGAAUAAAUUACAGUGGACACCAUUUAGGUUGUCAAGUUGUCCAGUUGUUCUUGGUUAUAGCUUAGAGAAGAGGACUAUUUCGAGGUGUUCAGUUCUGCAAGUUUUGGUCAUAAAGAACAUCACCAGUGAAAGUUAUAGGUUAUUGACUAUAUUGGUGAUGAGUGAGAAAAAAAUCUCCGAAGACUUUGUAAAUGCAUAUAAGGAUGAAGUUCCUGAGUUGAUUGAGGCAUAUCAAGGGAAAUUAAGAUUUGAUGAAUACACUUUUAAACAGAGAGGACAGCUAAGUUUGAUGCAAUUAUGAUAAUCAUUUGACACCAGUUUUACUUUUUUAUUACUGAAUUGUUAGAAACCGGAGAGGUGAAUAUAUGAACUGAUUGAUUAAUAACAUCUGAGUCUAAGUUGUGGAGUAUGCCAAGUAAACUUGCUUAUAGGUACAGGAAUGGACUUUUUUAAGGCGUUCAAUCUUGAAAUCCUUGGUGUCAAACAAUAGAAUUGAAAACAGCUUCGUGCCUAGCAACAUUAUUGCAGAUAGCUUUGUAGCUGAACAGAAAGGUGAAGUUCUGCAAGUAGUAGCCAUAUUAGCUUUGUUGCUAGCUUUUAGUUGUCUGUGUAGUUGAGCAGUAGCAGUAAUCAUAUUAGCUUUGUUCUUAGACUCUCUUUUUUUAACUCUGCGAGAGUUUUUAUGCUG